AUGGUAAAACUAUAUUAUGUGGCCGGCGGGGCCACGGCAGUUUGUAUUCUACUUUUGAGUUUGGCUAUCUCGUCUACCGUGUAUUUGUUGAAUGAUUUGAGCGAGUUUUAUCAGGAGGCACAGAAUGAGUUGGGCGAGUUUAAGGUGAGUACUGUCGGGGAUUUUUUGGAGUCUAAACAUGCUUAUGACGUGGAAAUUUUUUGGCUACUUGACAUAGAAGCUCUCAAGGAGCGUUUUCUAGCCACAGUGAAUCUCAAGAAGAUAACUAGGCACUAUAAAAAAAAAUUCCAGGACUUGGCCACCUCAACCUGGGACUACAUGAUUCUCGACGCGACUCCGGAAGAGCUCCGCGAUGCGGAAAAACUCGACGCUCGCCUCAAGCGUGCCUACGAUGAUCCCGAUGCGGGAGAGAGUAUGAAUGUGUACGGUCGAGACCCGCCAAAGCCCACCAAGGCACCUCCAGGUACAUACGAUGGAUUCACCGCUCCACACAUCGGUCCACCAAGUCAUCGACCAAGAAAACCGCAGCCACCCACAAUGCCUCGAACAAUUCAGGGAUUCCGAGCUACUACCACAACUCAUAACGGAUAUUACGAUCCAAGCGAGACAUCUACAACUUCACCGGGACCAUCGAAAAGUCCACAUGGGUACUACGAAGCUCCGUCGAGUACACGUCGCCCACCUACUGCGACUCGCGAUCCUUUGGUGACUAUCAAGCUUCCACCUGGAGCUUAUGAUAUCCCAUCACAGCCUGAGCCCCCAGUGGGAUAUGAUGAUAUUUCACAGAGUACUCCUGGGCCUCGCGGGCCUGGAUUUGGACCACCCAAGCAAGUUAACUAUGGUGGUGAGGUGGAGAAUCCUUAUGACACUGGGGCCACAGGAACAACACGAGGAGGGUAUCCAGAAGAUGUUACGACUACAACACAAGGAUACCCAGAGGGCCCAACUGGAAAAUACCCAGAGGACGAAGUUCCAACUACUACUCAAGGCUAUCCAGAAGAUCAAACAUCUAGAUCUUAUCCAGCUUCACCUUCAAGCACUCAAGGAUAUCCGGAAGAUAGCACAACUCAAGGAUAUCCUGAACCAUCAACCAGAAAUCCACAAGGCCCAGGAUUCGGCCCACCAAGAAUCUCGAAUUCUUGUGAGCUUUGCGGACAGCAGCCUAACAAUUGUCCAGCAGGUCCACCAGGUCCUCGAGGGCGUCCAGGGCCUCCUGGAUUCCCAGGUCAAGAUGGCCCACGUGGAUUGCGAGGGCUUAAUGGAGCAUUGGACACACCACAAGUUACAGAAGAGCCUGAGAUCGGAUGUGUGCAAUGUCCAAUCGGGCCACCUGGGCCACCCGGACUUGACGGAUUGGCAGGGCCAGCUGGUGAGGAUGGAAUGGAUGGCGAGCAAGGUGAUAAUGGGAAAGAUGGUUCGCCAGGAGUUCCAGGUGCUCCUGGAAAUGCAGGGCCUCGCGGGCCAUCAGGUCGUCCGGGGCGACCAGGAGUUCCGGGUCGAAAGGGUCAAGCUUGUCGUGUCGAGCCAGGUCCACCAGGUCAACCAGGCCCAGCCGGAACACCUGGUAGAGAUGGUGAUCCAGGAAUCGAUGGGCAACACGGGCAAGACGGAAGUCCAGGAAUACAGGGUCCGCCAGGUCGUGAUGGAGCAACCGGGCCAGAUGGUGAGCAAGGAAAGAGUGUGCCAGGUACACCGGGAGAGGAUGCCGGCUAUUGUAUGUGUCCGAAGCGCCCGCCAAAAUUCGCGUUGGGCGAUCGACAAGACGCGUCGGAUCGACGCAGGCCAUACGGGUCACGCGGCAACUACGCGGACGAGGAUUACGCGCCGCCACGUCGUCCACCUCGACCACCGCCACGUCCAAGAGAUCAUGCUACCGACAUUGACAAGGGUCGCAAUCUUCCCUACGAAUAUCCACCGGAGCCCGAAGAGCCACGUGGAUAUGGUGAUGAGGUCGACACAGGAUACCAAGGUCGUGCGGAGGAUAACGAGUAUGGCGGUGGGCCGAGUAGGCCGAGGUAUGAGGAGCAUCCGAGAAGGCCACAGAACUAUGGAGAUCAGGAUCGUGAGCGGGAAGAUCGUAGACCAGAGAGACGGCGGCCGAGUUACGAUGAGAAUGAAACAGAAGGUAAGGUUUCGAGUUAGGCUCCGCCCACAAAACCGCGCCGCAUCUCAUACAAAACUUCCAGAUCGUCCUCCACAAAGACAUCAUCCAGAACCUCCAGGCUUCCGCAAGCCAAAAACCACCACUCCAUCUCCGCCACGUCAUAACCAAGGGACCUACGAAGAUAUCUCAAAUCCACCACCAAUGCCAGCACCGCGAAAAACACCAAACCGGUUCCAGGAAGCGGAAUGGGAGCGGAAUGGCGAGAGACGCAGCGAAGGUGAGAGACGCAGAGGAAAUAUUUAGGGUGAACUUAUCGAAUUUUGCAGAUCACAAGGAUUUACAAAGCUACAGUUUCUACACUAAUAAAUACUACGAUAAAAUGCUCAAAUUAUAG